CCCUGUUUUAACCACGAUUAACCCUCCACCUCCGCUUUCUCUAGCUAACACUUAAAACUCAUCACAGUCUUCAACCGUCCAGUCGUCCACCACCGUACACCGACAAUGGAUGGCCCCUUCUCCGUCCGCUUUCUGCUUUCACUCUUCCUUCACCACCGAUGGCCUUUCCGCUCCUCCGGUAACCGACAAAACAAAGUUUAACUGGUGGAUUUGGGAGAUUAUUUGUGUGUGCUCAUGUUAACUGGGGAUCAUCACUCAUCACUGCAGGAGGUGUCUGUCCGUUCUCGCCUUCCUGAUGUCGGCCUUCAGGAGCAGUGGAGCACAGUAUGUAAUGACAAACAUGCCGAUGAUCUAUGCUUCUUUCGCUGAGUAGGAGUCGUACCCUUGAAGUGAGCUCUGUUUGGGAGCUGGGAAAACAAAGAAUGCAAUUUCAGGAAUACUACUAAGAAGUUAAACACCAAAACACACUAUUAUGACAGAAUCAAUUGUUGCAUCAGCUGUCCAGUGGAUUGGCUCUUUAUUAAUUCAAGAGGCAAACACAUUAUUCGAUGUGGCAGAUCAAGUACGUGGCCUUCAGCAAGAGCUUGAACUGAUGCAGCAAUACCUCCAAGAUGCUGAUGCAAAACAUGAAGAUGACAAUAACAUACGACAAAUUACGAAGCUUGCCUAUGAUGCUGAGGAUGUGAUUGACAUUUACGUCCUUAAUGUACAAGCCAGGUCUGAAGAGAGCUAUGAGAGCUGUAUCUUGAGACUUGCCUGCUUCAUGCAUAGUGCACCAAAGAUGUAUGAAGUCGGGAAGCAAAUACAUCAGACACGAGAUAAAGUCAAGCAAAUAAUUGAAAACUUAAACAAUGAUGGGUUUAGAAGAAUCCCUGCGGUAGAAGAUUUUAGGCUACCCCGUCAUAGGAGGCCCCAGCGGCGAAGCUACUAUUAUGAUGAUAACUUUGAGUAUGUUGUUGGUUUGGAGAAGGACAUGCAAAAGCUGUUGUUGGAAGUACUUACAGGUGAGAGGAAUACCCAGAUAAAACUUCUCUCCAUUAUGGGGAUGGGUGGAUGCGGGAAAACUACUGUGGCCAGGAAGCUUUACAAUCAUCCAUGUAUCAAAAAGUGCUUCAUGAACUGUAUGGCAUGGGUAUCCAUAUCUCAAGAAUGGGACACCCGUCAUGUUCUGUCCGAGAUUUUAAGGAAGGUGGGUGGCCCGAAGGAGACGUCUGAGCUCCAUGCCAAAUUGAAUGUGGAAGAGCUAAUGGAUAAGCUCUACAACAUCUUAAAAGAGAAGCUAUACUUGGUUAUCUUGGAUGAUGUAUGGAGGAAAGAGGCUCUAGAACAAAUACUUCCUGCCCUUCCGUGGGGACCUACCAAUCACGGAAGCAAGAUUAUCAUCACAACUCGCAAUCGGAAAAUCAUUCUGUCGCAAAACCUUCAGCAACAUGUGUAUGUCCACAAACCACGUCCUCUAAGUGAGGAGGAGGGUUGGGACUUGCUCAGUAAGCUCGCUCUUAGUCAUCGUAGAAAUUGCAAAAUAGAAAGUUUUGAGAGACUUGGCAAAGAAAUGUUGAAGAAAUGUGGUGGACUUCCUUUGGCUAUAGUAGCAUUAGCUGGGAUUUUGAACACAAGAGAAAGCAUAGGAGAGUGGCAGCUGGUGAGUGACACUGUACGUUCACGGGUGAUGGAGGGUACAUACACGGACAUAAGCUCAUCUGUACAAGAUUUGCUAGCUUUGAGCUAUGAGGAUCUACCUUAUGAUUUGAAGCCUUGCUUUCUUUAUCUUGGUGUAUUUCCAGAAGACUGUCAAAUAUCAGCUGGGAUGCUGACUCGGAUGUGGAUAGCUGAAGGUCUUGUUGUUGCACCUAAUCAAGAGAUGUCCGAAGAAGAUGUAGCAGUGCAGUGUUUAGAAGAGUUGAGCCACCGGUUCAUGAUUCAGGUAGUGAAAACCAACUUUAAGGGGGCCAUAAAGGCAUUUCACUUGCAUGAUCUGUUGCGUGAUCUUUGUCUCAAAAAAGCCAAGGAAAAGAGUUUUCUUCACGUUUAUACUGGUACCAGUGAUCAAGCUACCAGUGAAGCGUCCAUGUUAAAUAUCCAACCACGCAGAGCUGCUCUUCAUUCCAGCAUCACUUUCCCCACACAAGUUUCAAAUUUGAGGUCACUUGUGUUGUUGACAAAAUCUAGCAGCUUACACAAUACCUAUGUUUCCAAGACGUUAGAUUUAAGGAUCGUUCACCAGAAUUUCAAGUUGCUGAGAUUGUUGAAUCUAUGGGGCAUUAAGGCUGUAUCUGGUACCUUACCCACAGAAAUUGGAAGCUUUAUUCACUUAAGAUACCUUGGUCUUCGCGCCUCAAAUAUAAUAGAACUUCCCAAUUCUAUUGGGAAUUUGAGGAAGUUAUUGACUUUAGACUAUAGGAACAUUGACUCUGAUAGCAACAUACCUAUAAGAAUUCCCAAUAUAUUUGGGAAGUUUGUGCAACUGAGGCAUCUAUACUUGCCUGUUCAAUCUCCAUGGAGGUUAAAAGAGUUGCAGUUGAGUUCUAUGUCAAACCUACAAAUUUUGUGGGGUGUAAGAUGUGUUGGAGGGGGCGAUUGGUUUGCAAGAGAAGUGCCAAAACUGAGCACAAAUCUGAAGAAGUUGAAGGUGAUUGUAACUACAGAAAAGGAUCUGAAGGCUGUCUUCAAUUGCCCAAGCCUGACAGUUGGCCGACUCCAUACAUUUCACUGUGAGUGGAGUAAUGGAGUAGGCUUGCAGCUAGCAAAUCCAAUCUUCCCUCACAACCAACACCUACAUAAACUGGUAUUGGUUGGAAAAUUACAGGUGAACAGGUUGUCUUUCAUAUUGCCACCUAACCUUGUAGUUUUAGAGUUGAAGGAUAGCACUCUAGAAAAUGAAGAUCCCAUGAUGGCCGCUGGAGCAUUGGCCCAUCUGAAGCUUCUGAAAUUGACAAAUUCCUUCCUGGGGACUACGUUUACCUGCAAAGAUGACUCGUUUCCUGUACUUGAAGAGCUCUACUUGGCGAGUCUCCCAAAAUUGAACAUGUGGGAAGUACAGACAGGCGCACUGCCUUGUCUUAAGAAGUUAGUGAUCAUUAAGUGUGGAAUGCUACACAUGUUUCCCCUUGGCUUGCCGUUUGUUUCUACCCUUCAGCAACUCGAGUGUUUUGGAGUGCCCCAGGAAUUUGUCCAAAAAGCAGAAGAAGCUGGGUGGUCAAGACAAAGUCUUAGGCUGCCUCAUAACUUUGAAGCUAUCAUUGAACAAUCUGACACUUCUGUUGACUUUUCCUCCAUCAGCAAGCUCUACGAGCAGCUCACUGCUGGAGUUUUCUUGAAUAAUAAAACACAGAAAUAUUGGGUCGUGAAACGAAAUGAGUCCUACUAUAAUUGCUUCAUGUUGUACGCCAAUUGCCUCUCUUUGGCCGAGUGUCACCCAUUUAAGGAUAUUUACUUGGAUAAUUGCUGGGAAUGGAGCGAAAUAGAAGAAAGUGAGGGAGUACUGAUAAAAGUGGGCAAACUGAAAUCACCACCUUUCAGUAACAAGUUUUUCAACGUGUUGGGGGAUUUCGAUGCAGGAAAUCUCUCCCCGGAAAUCACUUACGAAAUUGCAUUUGUGAUAAAGUUGCCUUUCUUAGCAUCUGAAAGGUGUUUGAACGGUGCAAGAUCUUAUUUUGUUUACGCUCCUGGAACAUCCAAUGCAGAGGAUUCUAUUUUGCAUGACAAGCCAAAAGAUGAAUGGACAAGAGUUACUGUUGGUGAAUUCAGGACAUCCCCGGAAAAGAUUGACCAGACUCUAGCCUUCAGGCUGUCAGGGAUUGAGCCAGGGUUCGAAAUUCGAUGCGUUGUUAUUGAGCCUAAAGCUUUGAACAGUUGACUAAUGAUGGCUUAGGUCUUGGUCUCCCUUUGAGUCUAAAGCUUUUUGUGUUUUCUUAGGAGUCCAUCUUUCUGAUUGAAAUUUAGUUUUUUUUGGGCUGUGUAAUGUAACAUAGUGCUACUAAUUACUAUCAAUAAGACUACAAGAGUCACUUGUGUUAAUGCUUGUUA